GUUGUCAUUGUCAGCUGUGAAUUUGGUUUGAUUUUGAAUUUUCAAUUUUUCAUUUAGAAAUUGUAGCCGGCCAUCAACAAUUUUUUUCAAAACAAGUGGUUUCUCCUCAAAACUUAUAUUUAUUCUAUAAACUAAAACAUAAAACAAAAUGAACAACAGUCUACAACGCUAUGAGAAGAUUGACUUUCUCGGUGAGGGUCAGUUUGCCACAGUUUAUAAAGCGCGCGAUAUUCACACGGAUGAAAUUGUUGCUGUGAAGAAAAUUAAAAUCGGCAGUCGUGAGGAGGCCCAGGACGGCAUCAAUCGAACUGCCUUGCGAGAAAUCAAACUCCUGCACGAGCUGCAGCAUGAAAAUGUCAUCGGGUUGGUAGAUGUCUUUGGACACAAGUCAAAUGUUUCGUUGGUGUUUGAUUUUAUGGACACAGAUUUGGAAAUCAUCAUUAAAGACCCCAAGAUAGUCCUAACCCAAGGCAACAUCAAAGCUUACAUGAUUAUGACACUUCAAGGUCUUGAAUAUUUGCACAUGAAUUGGAUUCUUCAUCGGGAUCUGAAGCCAAACAAUUUGCUUGUGAAUUCUAAAGGCAUUCUGAAAAUCGGUGAUUUUGGUUUGGCCAAAUUCUUUGGUUCACCAAGUCGAAUCUACACUCAUCAAGUUGUGACAAGAUGGUAUCGAGCACCAGAGCUGCUCUUCGGCGCCCGACAGUACGGAACAGGAAUUGAUAUUUGGGCAGUGGGUUGUAUUCUCGCUGAACUCCUCCUUCGGGUGCCAUUCUUACCCGGUGACAGUGACUUGGAUCAGUUGACAAAAAUAUUCCAAGCCAUGGGAACUCCGAACGAGGAGAAUUGGCCAAAUGUGAAGCUCCUGCCGGACUUCAUGCAGUUCAAAGUGUUUCCAGGAACUCCGCUGCAACACAUAUUCACUGCAGCACCUGAUGAUUUAAUUGAAUUGGCGGAGAAGUUAUUGGCAUUAAGUCCGUCGAAUCGGUGUACUUGUAGUGAAGCUCUCGACAUGAAAUAUUUCUCAACCAAACCGGCACCGAGCUUGGGAUCGAGGUUGCCAUUGCCACAAUCGAAUAAAGAGAAAGUCGACGAAAAACCGAGUUUGAAGAGGAAGCUGCUGGAGUCGAUGGAGGGAGCAACGCUUCCUAAAAAGCUGCAGUUUUGAUUCUAACAAUAAAGUGAAAGUAACGUUGUUCUUUUUUUCAGAAAAUAUACGUUUAAUGUUUUUUGGUUAGAAAAGCGUUUAUGUUUUUA